AAGGGUAUUCGGUUUCGGUUGUGCUGAGAUGUCAAAACAUUCGCCAGACACAAGAUAACCUCUAUUUGCGCCAUUUCAAAAGGCACCAGAAAACCGUUGGAAUAAAUAUUCUUCACAUUUAUGUGUGUUGUGUUUAAUUUGUUGUUUUUCCUUGUUUAAUUCGGUUGCAAAAUGACUUCAAUUGCACAAAAAAGCAAAGGAGCGAUUACUCUAAAGGGUUCUGCGGAGAUUCUUUGCGAAUAUUUAGAUUUCGGCAUUAAUUCAAUUUUAUUCCAACGUGGAUUAUACCCUCCCGAGGAUUUUAAACCAAUGGAAAAUUACGGUUUGACUAUCCUCAUGUCUCAAAAUAAUCAAAUCAAAGAAUUUCUAUCUGUUACAUUAAGUCAACUUAAAGACUGGUUGGUGAAACGAAUUGUUGAUAAAGUGGCUUUAGUCAUUACAAAUGUGAACAGCUUUGAGGUAAUGGAGCGCUGGGAUUUUAAGGUCGAGUAUGAAGGUGACAGUAACCAAGAUGGUGGACAAACUUCAGACAAGCCAUUGAAACAAAUCAAGCAUGAAAUCAGAGAUGUGCUAAAACAAAUUGCCUCCUCUGUUGCAUAUCUGCCAUUGUUGGACUGCUUGUGUGCAUUUGAUAUUCAAAUCUAUAUGAAGGAUGAUGUGAACUUGCCCAAAGACUGGUCAGAUACUGAUGCUGCACAUGUAAAAAAUGCACAGACAGUGAAAAUGCGUUCAUUCAGCACCAAUAUACAUAGGAUGGAUACAUGUGUUACUUAUAAGAAUGAAGAUUAAUGUGUUCUCUUAAGAAUUAUUAUUUAUUCUGCUAUUUGACUAAAUAAUUUUAGUAUUAUAUACCAACUUGAAUUAUACUUAAAUUAUUUGGGAUUUUAGGUAAAAUUAAUACCAUACUGUGUUGUUAAUGUUGAUGACUGUUGGGCUCGUAUACUUGUAACGACCCUGCGAGCCGGGUUUCUGUAAAAAAAUACACAUCUCUAUAAAAUCCUAAAAUAUAUUUAGGCUACGUUUACUUACGUCGCAAAACGCUUGGACUUUUCAAGUCCGUGCAAUAUUUCGUCAUAAUAUAAAACAAAAUUGUCACCAAUGUAACUGCGCACGUUGAACCGAGAAAAAUAAAUUCGGGUCUUUUACGGUA